AUGGGUGCCACAACUCAUUUGCCGGCCGCUGCUACAUUACCCGGCGUGGGUCUGGUGACAGGGGGAGCCUCAGGGAUUGGCCGUGCCGUGGCAAUUGGCCUAGCACAAGCUGGCUGUACACGAAUCGCAGUACUGGACAUAAAUGCCGCAGGCUUAAGAGAGGUCAAAUCUACAAUUGAAUCUGGGAAUCCGGAUAUCAAUGUCUUAGCAUUGCCUUGCAACACUUCCAGUGAAUCCGAGGUUAUCGAAACUUUUAAAACGGUGCUAGAGAAGUUCCAGCGCGUCGAUUAUGCCAUCAACUGCGCCGGCAUAGCUGGGACACCCGGCCCAACAGACCAGUGCCUCACACCUGACUUUGACCGUACAAUCGCCAUCAACCUCCGUGGAGUUUUCCUGUGUGCACGAGAAGAGCUCCGAGUCAUGAAAUCUCAGGCGAUCGACUCUGAAAUUUACCCAGGGAUACCUGCCGCUCGCAGUCAACGCGGUGCCAUUGUCAACGUCGCCUCUGGACUCGCGGUAGUUGCUCUGCCAAAUUGUCCCGCUUACUGCGCGUCCAAGGCGGGCGUUCUCGCCCUCUCCAAGGCUGACGCGAUCGAUUACGCUCUCUACAAGAUCCGCGUCAACGCCGUUCUCCCAGGCAUUGUGGAAACUCCGAUGGUCACGGGAUCUGAGAGCACACGGGAAAAUUUGGAUUCUCACGCGGUCAAAGUAAUGACGCCGAUGAAGCGUUGGGGUCAAACUGAUGAGCUCGCUGACGCUUGCCUCUUCCUUUGCAGUAAUAAUGCCAGUUUCAUUACGGGUGUUGGGCUACCGGUCGAUGGAGGAUAUCUGGCGGUAUGA